AUGCGAAGCUUGUCGACAAUACAGCGAUCCUACUCGGCCAAACUUUCUUUUAGCUUUCUGCAGGGUGGCUCGCUAUGGAGCGACUACAUGCAUGCUCGUUAUUCAGAUGCGGAUGCUAGGCCCUCGGACUCUCUCGCUCGCAGACGCAUGAGGGGGAUGGAAGACUUUGUUGAAGAAAACACCAUACGAUCUUCUGGUUCGCUAAUCUGGACCCCCUCUUCAUACGGUAAUUUCACUUUUUCAACAUCUUACGAUGCUUUACGUGAGAGGAAGGGAGUCUGUUUGUCGUCCUCAAGCAUCUGGGGGAGACAGAUUCCGUUUAAGGUCUCAGUCUUUAUGUGGAAGCUGCUGAAGAGAUUUCUACCAUUUCUGGAUGUUGUUGAGCGCUUUGGAUUCUGCUUGCCGUCCAUGUGUCCAUUCUACACCGCUGCUAGUGCAAGCCUCGAACACUGCCUUGUCAGUUGCACGGCAGUUCAAGAGGUCUGGAUUCACUUCGGCAGGCUCUCGGGGUUGUUUGGCAAUCUCGACUCGGUUCGCGCGACUUGCCAUUCGUGGUGGCUUUUGGCUUCCCCAGGUUCUGCGGUGGGAAGCAUUACGUGCUUCCUGCCAUGCUUAAUCCUCUGGUUCUUAUGGGUUGAGUAUAACAAUUGCAUUUAUAAUGGUUCUGCAUUCUCCCCUGAAGGUGUUAUCAAAAGGGUUAAACGGGAAUCCUAUUUUGUUUCCCUUGCUUUCCCUCGCUAUGCGAGCAUACUGGGAGUUGUCCUACUCUCGGAUGGUUUGGUAGCCAGGUUUGCAGUGCAACGACGAAGAAACACGAUCUGGGUAAAGUGGCUAGCUCCUCCAACGAGUAGACUAAAGCUUAACACCGACGUUAUUUUCACGACAGCUGGAGCUGCAGGUGGAGCUUGCCUUCGGGACUCGCGUGGUUUAUUAUUUGCCGGUCUUACUUUUAGCUUGGAAGCCACUUCGGCCCUGGAGGCAGAAGCAAUGGCUUUGUGCAGGUCACUACAGUGGUGUGAUACAAUGGUCUUGCGCCCUUUCAUCAUUGAGGUGGACUCUCUUGAGCUGGUGCGUUUAUCUUCCGUUACAGAAGCACGAAUCCCAUGGAGGAUUAAAGAGACAGUCUCAAACAUUCGCUCUUACCUCUUUGCCGGGGGAUCUUCAUUAAAUCAUGUUUAUAGGGAAGCGAAUCAGGUAGCCGACGCCCUUGCGGCGGAGGGACUAGCUGUAGGCUCGCCCGCAAUUUUUAGUUCCUUUACAGCUUUGCCUUUCAAAGCUAAAUUGGCUCUUUUGUAUGACUUUAGGGGGUUUGCUACCCUUCGGGCUAUUAGCCUUUAA